AUGGCGUCAGCAGCACCGUUCCCCAGCAGCCUCCUCUUCCCGACCAGACCAAGCACGCCACCGCUCCCGUCGUCCUCCUCCCGACCGUCUCACACUCACUCCAGCCCCCACCUCCGCACCCGAUCUCCGAACCCUAACAAUCCAGCGCCCGCGGCCGCGUCCUCUCGGAUGGAGGUCGCGCAGCCCCACCAGGCGAGCGACGCCCAGGGAGGAGCGGAGGAGCCGGCCAUGAAGCUGCUGUUCGUGGAGAUGGGCGUCGGCUACGAUCAGCACGGCCAGGACAUCACCGCCGCCGCCGUGCGCGCCUGCAAGGACGCCAUCACCUCCAACUCCAUCCCCGCCUUCCGCGGCGGGUCCAUUCCUGGAGUGAACACCGACCAGAUGAAGCUGCAGAUCAAGCUCGGGGUGCCGAAGUCGACGCAGCACUUGCUGGAUGCUGAGAGAGUCAAGGCCGUCUUCCCCUACGGCAAAAUAAUCAGCUUCGAGGUAGUUGAUGGUGGCAUGAUCUGUUCAAGCGGCGUGUGCCUGGAAGCAAUGGGGGAUAAGAACGAUGACUGCUACAUAGUCAACGCUGCAGUGUAUGUCGGCUACUGA